AUGCAACACGAUCUGCGACCAAAACUUCAUCGCCCAGGAGUAUUGGCCGAGGAUGACGAAGACGAGCAGAAGGAUGUUGAACAGCGCCGUUGUGGUUUGCAAAUUCAUGUUGACUGUGAAAAACUGAAGGAGAAAUUCAUGGCAUUGAAGACGGCUCUCCGUGUGCGAACUGCUGCUCUGCGGAAUGCCCUGGCCGACUUCGGUCCAUCGUCGGAGCACUUUCUCAAUCAAAGUGUCUCUUUACCUUGGCAACGCGCUAUUUCUAAGACCAAUCAACUACCGUACUACAUCGAUCACACCACUGAGAAGACCCAGUGGGAGCAUCCGGUCUGGGUGGAGAUGGCCAAGGAGUUGUCGCAGUUCAACCGAGUGAAAUUUAUCGCCUACAGGACGGCGAUGAAACUUCGAGCGCUUCAGAAACGCCUUUGUCUAGACCUUGUUGACAUUCCGAUGCUGGAAAAGUGCUUUUCUCGGCUAGCCGGCUUGUCAAAUGAAGAGCUCCCCGGUUUGGAGGGCAUGGUCACAAGCAUUUUGCCGUUGUUCGAACAACUCAAUGCGAAACAUCCGCAAAUGGUCCGAAGUGUAGCCUUAGCUGUCGAUUUGUGCAUUAACUUCCUGCUCGAAAUCUGUUCGAUCCGUAUUCCCCGGCUGGUCGGCGAAGCGGCCGCGUUCGGUGGCUCGAAUGUCGAGCCGUCGGUGCGAUCAUGCUUUGAGACGGUACGUCUUGCGCCCACGAUCGGUAUGGCGCCGUUCCUCGACUGGAUGAAGCAGGAACCGCAAAGCGUUGUAUGGUUACCGGUGAUGCACCGGUUAGCCACAGCCGAGUUUGCCAAACAUCAAGCAAAAUGCAACGUGUGCAAAAUGUUCCCGAUCAUCGGUCUACGUUAUCGCUGUCUACGUUGCUUCAACUUGGACCUCUGCCAGAACUGUUUCUUCAGUCAACGAACGGCGAAAAAACACAAACUGAAACAUCCGAUGCAGGAAUACGCAGUGCCGAGGAAAGGGGUGGGAUGA